AGAAGAUCGAGUAGAGCUCAGAAUUUCGUGUUCCAAAAGAAGAAGCAGAAUUUCGAGUAGAGUUCUUAUUACAUUACGGGCGCUUCUUUGUCUCUUUUGAGAGGAGUUAAGCUAGCUUCUUGUGGAACACGAAAUUGUGAGCUCACCGAAGAUCGAGAGGAAGCUAGAAGAAAGAAGAAGCCGAUCUCGAAGAAGAAGAAGAAACCAUCUCAGCAAUGUCGUCGUCAUCGUCUUACUCUUGCAGGGAGUACCUGACGGUGCUGGCGACGGCGGCGGGGACGGCCAUGGCGCUCGGCGCCGCGUACGAGCUCCGUGACAUGGCCUCCGCCGCCGCCCGCUCCUUCCUCGCCCGUCUCUCCCCCCGCCGCGUCGUCGUCAUCGACGAGACCGACGGCCUCUCCCCCAACCGCCUCUUCGACGCCGCCCGCUCCUACCUCAGCUCCUCCUCCUCCUCCGUCUCCGCCACCGCCCGCCGCCUCCGCGCCACCCGCCUCGAGGACUCCUCCUCCUCCGGCGCCGGCGCCGGCGCCACGGUGGUCACCAUAGACCUCGGCGAGCAGACCACCGACUCCCACGACGGCGUCUCCUACACCUGGCGCCUCCUCGUCUCCCCCAACCCCGGCGCCAACACCAACAAUCCCCACACCAAAUCCGGCCAUGGCGGCCACGGCGGCCACGCCCCGACCAAAUCCUUGGAGCUCACCUUCCACAAGAAGCACACGGAGAAAGCCCUGAGCUCCUACAUCCCCCACAUAAUCUCCGCCGCCGACGAGAUCCGGUCCAAGAACAGGGCGCUCAAGAUGCACAUGGUGGAGUACGACGCGUGGGCCGCCGUCGACCUGCGGCACCCGUCGACGUUCGCCACGCUCGCCAUGCCCGCCGCCCACAAGCGCUCCAUCAUCGCCGACCUCGACCGCUUCGUCACUCGCAGGGACCACUACGCGAAGACCGGGCGGGCGUGGAAGCGGGGGUACCUCCUCCAUGGCCCGCCGGGGACCGGCAAGUCGAGCCUGGUGGCCGCCAUGGCCAACCACCUCAGGUUCGACGUCUACGACCUCGAGCUCCCCGCCGUCUCCUCCAACUCCGACCUCCGCCGCCUCCUCGUCGGCGUCGCCAACCGGUCCAUCCUCCUAAUCGAGGACAUCGACCGCAGCAGCAGCGUCGUCGUCAACGGCGGCGGCGCACUCCGUAACCACCGCGAUGCCGGCGCCGGAGACGAGGACGAAGACGGCGGCGGGGGGAAGGUGACGCUGUCGGGGCUGCUCAACUUCGUGGACGGGCUGUGGUCGACGACGGGGGAGGAGAGGAUCGUCGUCUUCACCACCAACCAUAAAGAGCGGCUCGACCCGGCGCUGCUCCGGCCGGGCAGGAUGGACGUGCACGUCCACAUGGGGUUCUGCACGCCGGAGUCGUUCCGGGUCCUGGCCGGGAACUACCACUCCGUGGAGGACCAUGACAUGUUUCCGGAGAUCGAGCGGCUGCUGGAGGAGGUGCCGGUCACGCCGGCGGAGGUCGCCGAGGUCUUGAUGAGGAACGACGGCGCCGAUGCCGCGUUCCGGGACCUUCUUGAGUUCAUUGAGGGGAAGAGGAUGGAAGGUGGUGAGAGCAAAGAAUGAAUUAUAGAAGACAUUUCCUACGGAGUACCAUAUUUGUCAGUACAAAUUUUUUUUGUUUCAUGUCAUGGUUUCUAAGAUUAUUGGAACAAUCCCUUCUGUUAAAAAAAGGUCUUGCUAGAAGGAAACAGUGCUA